ACACUCCCACUUCCUUCGCCCCAAAAUUUCCCCCAGGAAGCCACCAAGGCAGGCAGCUCCACCUCUGCUCUGCUCCCCAAUGCCUUCCUCGUAGACGCGCCCGUCGCAAUGGCCGUCGCCGUGUCCCGCGCGGUGUUGCUGGCGGCCGUCGCGUCGCUCGCAUGCCUCGCCUUCGCGGAGCCGCCGCCGAGCGAGCGGUCCGCGCUGCUGGCGUUCCUCACGGCCACGCCCCACGAGCGGAGGCUCGGCUGGAACACCUCCACGCCGGCCUGCUCCUGGGUCGGGGUCACGUGCGACGCCGCCCAGUCCACCGUCGUCCAGCUGCGCCUCCCGGGGGUCGGCCUCGUCGGCGCCAUCCCGCCGGCGACCAUCAGCCGCCUCCCCAACCUGCAGGUGCUGUCGCUCCGCUCCAACCGCAUCAUCGGGGGUAUCCCUGACGAUCUGCUCCAGCUCUCCAGCCUCCGCGCCAUCUUCCUGCAGAACAACAUGAUCUCCGGCGCCAUCCCGUCGGGGGUCGGCAAGCUCGCGGCCCUCGAGAGGCUCGUCCUCUCCCACAACAAUCUGUCAGGCCCCAUCCCCUUCGCGCUCAACAGCCUCGCCUCCCUGCGCUCUCUGCGCCUCGAAGGCAACCGCCUCUUCGGCAAAAUCCCCAGCAUCACCAACCCGGAGCUCAAGGAUUUCAAUGUCUCCGUCAACAGCCUCAACGGCUCCAUUCCGCAGGCCCUCGCGCGCUUCCCGGCGGACUCCUUCGCCGGGAACCUCCAGCUGUGCGGCAAACCGCUGCCCGCUUGCAGCCCCUUCUUCCCGUCCCCGUCGCCGGCUCCCGGGAUGAGCCCCAGCGACGAGCCCGGGGCGGUGUCUAACAAGAAGAGGAAGCUCUCAGGCGCGGCGAUUGCGGGCAUCGUCGUGGGUGCCGUGGUCGUCGUGCUGCUCCUGCUUGCCGCCAUCGUGCUCUGCGCGAGGUCCCGGCGGCGGAGUGGCCCCCGCGAGGGACCAAAGGCCACGUCCGCGGCGGCGGUGGGGCAGACAAGAGGAGUGGCUCCGCCAGCGUCCGGCGAUGUCACCGGCAUGACGUCCUCGUCGAAGGACGACAUGGGAGGCGGCACCUCCGGGUCGGCGGCCGCUGCGGCGGUGGCCGCGGGCGCCGGCACGGGGGAGGCGAGCCGGCUGGUGUUCCUGGGGAAGGGCGCGGGGUACAGCUUCGACCUGGAGGACCUGCUGCGCGCGUCGGCGGAGGUGCUGGGGAAGGGGAGCGUGGGGACGUCGUACAAGGCGGUGCUGGAGGAGGGGACGACGGUGGUGGUGAAGCGGCUCAAGGACGUGGCGGUGGCGCGGCGCGAGUUCGACGCGCACAUGGAGGCGCUGGGCAGGGUGGAGCACCGCAACCUGCUCCCCGUCCGCGCCUACUACUUCUCCAAGGACGAGAAGCUCCUCGUCUACGACUAUCUCCCCAACGGCAGCCUCUCCGCCAUGCUCCACGGGAGCCGGGGCUCCGGCCGGACGCCGAUGGACUGGGACGCGCGCAUGCUCUCGGCGCUGUCCGCCUCUCGCGGGCUUGCGCACUUGCACUCCGCGCACAACCUCGCGCACGGCAACGUCAAGUCCUCCAACGUCCUGCUCCGACCGGACUACGACGCCGCCGCGCUCUCCGACUUCUGCCUCCACCCGAUCUUCGCCCCGUCGUCCACCCGCGCCGGCGCCGGCGGCUACCGCGCGCCGGAGGUCGUGGACACGCGCCGUCCCACGUUCAAGGCCGACGUCUACUCCCUGGGCGUCCUCCUGCUGGAGCUUCUCACCGGCAAGUCCCCGACGCACGCGUCCCUCGAGGGCGACGGCACGCUGGACCUGCCACGGUGGGUGCAGUCCGUGGUGCGCGAGGAGUGGACCGCCGAGGUGUUCGACGUCGAGCUGGUGCGGCUCGGCGCGAGCGCCGAGGAGGAGAUGGUGGCACUGCUGCAGGUGGCCAUGGCGUGCGUGGCCACCGUGCCGGACGCGCGGCCGGACGCCCCGGACGUGGUCAGAAUGAUCGAGGAGAUCGGCGGUGGCCAUGGCCAGACGACAACCGAGGAGAGCGCGCGGGGCACCCCGGAGGAGGAGCGGUCGAGGGGCACACCUCCGGCCGCCCCGACGCCGUAAUUCCGUCUGAGUAAAGUUAAAAUUGCAUAGAUAAUAGUGUCCUGGCGCCUCUAUGUCAUGUUCUUUGCCCAAGUUUUUUUUUCUUUUUUUGCAAUUGUUAUUCAUUUUUUUUACGGUUUCAGUCGAUUUUUCGCCGGCGGUAAACAACCGACCGGAGAAGGGACGACGGUGACGAGUUCGAGAGUUGACGGUGUAGGUAGCUGGGGGUUUAGCGGGUGGGGGAGCAUGGCGGUUAGGCCAAUGGAAAUGUAUAUUUUUUGUGCCGUUCGCUCCCGUUUGUGAUUGAUAUACUCCCAUCCUGGACUCUGGAGUGAGUAGAUGCGUGUUGUGCCGGGAGCAAGUUAACUCCGGAAAGAAUCCAUUUCUUGUUUAAGCAUCAAUAAUACCAUGCGAAUUGUGUCA